GUACCCAUACGAAAACACUGCAAGGCGGGGGAAAUAAUAAUCACUGUCCGUGGUGGUGCUGCUGUUGCGAGGGAGAGGGAACCGCAUCUCCCGAUGUCUUCAGGCUGUCCGGAUCGUUUGUUUAUCUGCGGCUCCCGGUUUAUUCGUGUCAACCCCGGCCUUUCUCGGUCGAUAGAAUGAAAGGAUGGCCAAGCGGCGAGAUGCGGACGAGGAGAACGGAGAGCUGAUCGGCCCUGCUGCGGUCCAGCGAGAUGCGACGCUGUAUCCUGGGAUGGCAAAAAUGGACGGAAUGGAGGAAAGAGGGGGAAGUGAACUGUCUUUAGAGGAGAUUUUAAUGCUCUACAGCCAACCGAUAAAUGAAGAGCAGGCUUGGGCAGUGUGUUACCAAUGCUGCGUAAACCUGGCUCAGGGACAUAGGAGGAAUUCUGGCCCAGCUGCCGGUGCAUCAGUGGUGGAUACUGCGAAGAGGAUUGAGGGACCACGGGAUGUGAGGAUUCAGAAAGACGGAGCUGUCAAAUUACAAUAUGAAGGCUGUGAUGGUAAAUCCAUCCCAGCCACAUCAACAGAGGUGAUUGAGUCUCUGGGCAUCAUGAUCUACAAGGCGUUGGACUACGGACUGAAGGAGAGCGAGGAGCGGGAGCUGAGCCCACCCCUGGAGCAGCUCAUAGACCUCAUGACCAACAUGGGCGAGGCUGAGAGAGACGCCUGCCCUGACGAAGGUUACGAGGCCACCGAGGAAGAGGAGGAGGCCGAAGACGACCCCAUCAACAUCUGUAAUGUCCGUGGCUACAGGGACAUCCUGAAGAUGUGUGUGUCUCACCUCCCCAGCCCUGGCGAUGCCCCCAGCCACUACCAGGCUGUGUGCCGUGCUCUCUACGCUGAGACCAGGGAGCUACGCUCCUUCCUGGAGAAGAUCAAGAGUGCCAAAGAGAAUCUUCGGAAGAUGGGUGGCGAGCCGUCUGAGGAUCCCAGCAGAGACCUAAAUGAGCUCCAGAAUGCAGACUGGGCUAAGUUCUGGAUGCAGGUGAUGGGAGACCUGCGGAACGGGGUGAAGCUGAAGAAGGUCCAGGAGCGCCAGUACAACCCUCUGGCCAUUGAGUUCCAGCUCACGCCCUACGAGAUGCUCAUGGAUGACAUCCGCUCCAAACGCUACAAACUACGCAAGGUCAUGGUAAACAACGACAUACCACCAAGGUUGAAGAAGAGCGCCCAUGAGGUCAUCCUAGACUUCAUCCGGUCCAGACCUCCUCUUAACCCUGCAGCAGCCAGGAAGCUGAAGCCCCAGCCCCAGGUUCCUCCCACCCUGCACGAGAGGAUCCUGGAUGAGAUCAAAUCUGAGAGGAAACUGAGACCUGUCUCUCCUGAUGUGAUCCGCAGGAGCAGGCUGGUAAUUCGGCCUCUUAGCAUGUCUCAAAGUUUUGACUUGUCAGGUGGAGGCAUAUACUACAGCACUCCACAGUUGAUCCUUACACGUCAAGAUGUGUCCAGCCCUGAUGGCCGCAGGAAGACUACUAGCACCAUGACCCUCAGCAGUCUGUCCAAUGGGAGUCCAGGGACACCAGGGGGUGGAGCCCAGGCCUUAUGUCAGAGGAAGAGGCUGAAAGCGCCUACCCUGUCAGAACUGGACAGCUCUGACUCUGACGAUGACAUCACCAUUGGGGCUCGAAGGUCAGCCAGUAGCUCCAGUGUCUCUACAUCGGUGGUAGAUGACACAUCUCCAGAGUCUGUACUGGGCAGGAAGACUCCACCCAUGUUCCUGCCCAUCUCCUCCACCCCCCAGCCUGAGAGAAGGCAGGCUCCCCAGAGGAGACACUCCAUUGAGAAGGAAACACCCACCAAUGUACGGCAGUUCAUACCCCCAUCCAGACAGAGCUCCAAGUCUCUGGAGGAGUUCUGUUUCCCAGUAGAGUGCUUGUCCCUGACGGUGGAAGAGGUGAUGCACAUCAGACAGGUGCUGGUCAAAGCAGACCUGGAGAAGUUCCAACAGUACAAGGACGUGUACAACGCUAUGAAGAAGGGAAAGCUUUGCUUCUGUUGCCGAUCCAAAAGGUUUUCCUUGUUCACCUGGUCCUACACCUGCCAGUUCUGCAAAAGGCCUGUGUGUUCACAGUGCUGUCAAAAAAUGAGGCUGCCCUCCAAGCCCUAUGCCAACCUGCCCAUAUAUUCCCUGGGCUCUACCACCACUCUACCCAGGGACCGGGUAGCAGCCCUGGGGAAAGCUGCCAGUAUAGCUGGUCCAUCAGCCACCCCAACAGCAGCAGCAAUUUCAGCAGGAAAAGUAAAAGCAACCGUUAAAGCAGCAGCCUCAGCAGCAGCAGUAGGACCAAGCAGAGCAGGAGCAGCAGCAGGACCAAGCAGAGCAGGAGCAGCAGCAGGACCAAGCAGAGCAGGAGCAGCAGCAGGACCAAGCAGAGCAGGAGCAGCAGCAGGACCAAGCAGAGCAGCAGCAGCCCUCAAGCCUGAGAAAACCUCUGCCAGCCACCACCGCCUCAGCCUUCAGAAGACCAUGUCCAAGUUGUCUAAACACAGUAGUCUGGAGAAGUCCCAGUCCCGGGAUGAGGUGGAGCUCCCAGCGGAGCUGACGGAGGACUGGAGCACCAUGGAAGUGUGCGUGGACUGCAAGAAGUUUAUCCACGACAUCAUCUCCUCCAGCAAGCACAGCCUCUCCCUGGCCACCAAGCGGGCGCGCUUAAAACGCAAGACCCAGUCCUUCUACAUGUCGUCUCCCAAGGGAGCUGAUUACCGACCCUCGGAAAGAACAAUCAACGAGGUCUAGACUCUCCCCUCGUCCUUGUCUACCUUCUCCACUGUCUUCUAGCUGAUCCCAGAACUUAUGGCACAAUACAGAACUCUGAGUGACUGGGUUUUGAUCUGGAUGACUGUGCUGCGAUCCGGCCUAUACCAGUAGACGUGUCUAGUUUAGUCUGUCUGUCGAUGCUGUCAGAGCGGGCGGUGGACCUUUACUUUUCCUUGGAGAUGUGUGGACUGUGUAGUCAGUGCUUGUUGCCAUGUCCUCUGAUCGUCACAUACAGUACCAGUACUUUCAGACAAAAGGAUACUAGUCCAUUUUUCUACAAUAUUUUGUUCAGUAAUGUAAAUGUUCCCGUAAUGUUCUGCCAUAGAGAGGUGGUUAAGGACACUGAAUGAUCAAAUGUAAAGUAUGAGGUAGUGUAAAGAUUCAAAGCGGUAUGGCCUCAGUCACCCCCUAUACUGUGGUAGGAGCUACUCGCCCACAGAAAAACCAAUGAGCACAAGGCAAAAUAACGCUCCAUGUUUGAGUUCCUCAGGCUGUAGUAUUCUACCGUAAGAGAGUAGGUGUGAUGCUAACAACACAAGUCCCACACUGAGAGCUGUGAACACUUUAAGUGGAGACAAUAUGAGACAAAAGCAACAAACGAUUGGACGAUGACUUAAAAAUAUAUGGAACUGUAGAUGUUUUUUUUUACAAGUUAGCAUUUUCUAUGGUAUGGUAUACAUGUGUACAUAUGGUUCGGCUUAGAGUCAGGUGGUUUGUGAUGAAAAGUUGUCUCCCCUUUUUACUCUUCUUGACAUGUUCAGGUUAUUUUUAGCUGACGGUACAAUAAUGAGUUAUGCUCAUUGAUGUUCUCUGGGUUCUGAGCGGUCUUGAUGAAGCAUCAUUUUUACCAUAAAGAAUAACAGGUAAACAAACAGCGUGUCACUUUGCUCAAAGUUGGAUCAUACCCAUGAAGGUAGCCCAAACCUCUCACCUGUCUCUCCUUAGGCGUAGGGUCUACAGGACUGUCAGAUGUCAGCUUUAGUGCCAAAAUGAUUCCCUUCUGUCUAAUCCAUAAUAUAAAACCCAAAUAAGUAUUUUUCUCUGGUGUAAAUAUUCAUUGACCUUGCUAUAGAUAGCCAUCGCAGCCCCCGAUUAGAGCAUGCUUCUGCAAAAGACGUCAGACUACUGAAUAUACUAACCAUAGAAAUAGAAUGGUUAGUAUGUUGCCAACUACCAUUGUUGCAUAUUAUUAUGGGAUAUUAGAAUCCCGUUGUCUUAACCUUUGUCAUCUUCAAUUUAGACCCAUGCCAGGAAGUAAAAACAGGAUGUGUACCCUUCAUUCUGUGCUGUGAUGUUUUGUUGAUUCAACUCAACUGACAUUACUAAAUAUGUUGCAUUGCAUGAGCCACAUCAGUUAGCAUCAUUUGAAUGAACAGUCUUCAUUACCAUGGCAAUCCAGCAUCAGUUGAUAGAGCAUUCCAUAUAACCAUGGAAAUUAUUGCAUUGCAAUACCAUGGAGCCAUUGUGAGUGUACAGAUGAGUUUACCUGUCAAAUUUCCAGGGUUAGAGCUUCCAACCCUGUUCUAUUCAUUCUAUUUCUAUGAUACUAACACUAUGACAUGAUGAAGGAACAAUAUUAACACAGUAUUUGUCACUGGUAGUUGAACACGUGUGAUAUCAUUGAGCAGGUACAGUAAUUGUGCUAGAUAAUCAUAACAAAAUCAGACACAAACAGUAGGAAUCACUUUUUGUUAAUAUUUUAUAUAGCCUGUGCCCCCAAAAAUCAUCUAGUCUGUUACAGUAACAAGCAUGCGCCCCCAGAAAUAUAUUCAUAUUUUGUGAAAGAAAUCUAUACCCACUGUUAUGUUGAUUUUACUUAUUGAUGUAAGUUUGACAUGGCUUUUUCUUUGGUUUUGAAUGGAAUAUUUCAUAUUGUGCAGAUAAACACCCAUAUUCAAUAACAGUACAACAAUACAUGAAAUGAUCUCAAAUUGUCUUUCUUUGCUUUACAAUAGUUAUGGUAUGAUUUAACAUGCUUAAAACCACCCCCUGUUUUAUUGUAUAGGCAGCAAAGUAUGGUAUUACACGCUACUCUCAUGUUCAACUCAAAGCCUCAAAAUGAUGCCUUCAUGAAUUUGUAUAUCAGUUGUGUGUGACUGUGGUGUGUCUUAACCAUACAGUUUGUAUCUAAACCCGAAGCAGAAGCACAUUUCGGGAGCCAGGAAUCAGGAUGUAUGUAUAUUAAAAUGUCUAUUACAAAUCAAGUCUUGUUCCUUAUAUUUCUGCCUUCUUCUCUCAUCAUUAACAUAUUAUUGUUGUGACAGAUUGAAUCCACAGUGACUCAGCAUACUGUAUGUAAAUAUUAUUUAUAGUAAUGUCCGUCCAUAGAGCAGGUCUGUGUUUCCUUGACAACUUACAUCACGACUAAAAUCAUUUAGACUUGGGGCUAUUAACUUAGCCUAGAUCCAAACUAAAUUGCUCUGUUUGGUAAGGUGAAACAGAACUAUUCAGGUAGGAUCCAGGCUACUAUUAACUAGCUUAGAGAUUGUUUCUCACAAAACAAGUCAUUGCAGGACAGAAUAUGGACUACAGUAAGUAGAGGUGAUCUACCCAUAUGUGACAGCAACAUGCAUGUACUACUGUGUAGCUUGUAUCUUUAAACUGUUCAAACCUUCCAGAUGUAACUCCCUCCCAGAGAGCUCAAGAAAUUAUGACAAAAGAAUAAUAAAAAUGUAAUGCAAUACCUUUA